AUGACUGCUAAUGAUGCUAUGCAAUCAGACGCCCUGAUCCAAGGUCAAUGUUAUGUCAAGAAUCGAUUUCUAACUGUACUGUAUGACUCGGGUGCAUCGCAUUCCUUUAUUUUUUUAACUGUUGCUCGUGAGUUGGGACUAGAUUUUUCUGAGUUGAACUUUGAUCUAAUUAUCCAUACACCUGCACCCAUAAAUUGCUUUGACCAGUUUAGUGUGCUUGCAAAAGUUAUUCUAGGAUUAGAUUGGUUUUCUAAGUAUCAUGUUUUCCUUGAUUGCUAUAAGAGAACUGCUGUUAUUCCAUCUGAUAGUUUAGAUAUUAAACCAUUUCUGUCUCAUACUUUAUAUUUGAAUUACGUAAGUGUUACCUUAAAUGGGAGUGAUUGUGAGGGGUACGUUCUGUUAGCGGCUAGCUCGAAUGACAGUGAACUAAGUUUAGAACAAAUUCGAGUGGUGAAGGAAUUUCCUGAUGUUUUUCCAGACGACAUACCUGAGUUUCCUCCUCAACGAGAGAUAGAAUUCAGCAUUGAACUUGUACCUGGAACCGGACCGAUUUCCAUAGCACCGUACCAGAUGUCACCAUUGGAACUUGCAAAAUUGAAGAAGCAGUUGGAUGAGCUACUUUGA